GAGAAGCUGGACUCGAGUCAGAAACAACGUGGCCAGGAGCGCAGAGACCACAGAGAAUGCGUUAAACACUGUACCUCGGGGAACAAAACUGAGAAGGCUAAUUAGGACAGGUCACCACAGGGAACCGGGACGCGGGGAGGGGAGCCCGCGACGUAAGAAACUCGGGCUUGGGGUAGUUGGGACGACAAAGACGCUGGCCAACAGUCCGCGGGGGUUCUGGACUCAGUCCACAGAGUUAGGGGCGUGCGCCGUGGCAGUCCCUCGUGAUCUUGGAGACCGUGCUUCUCCGGGAAGGAUCACGCACGAAAGAGGCGCACGCUCAGUGUGUGUGUCCACGUGUGCAAGCUCGCGAGGGGAGGGGGCGCGGAAGGCGUGACGAAGACGGACUUUGUGUCUUAGUGUGCGCCUGGCUCCAGCCGGGAGAAGCGAACUGUGCCAGGCAUGUGUAUCUUGGGAAAGCCAGGACGAAAGUGACAAAGGCUGGGUGUCUGUCACCGGGAGACGCGCCUAGGUGGCCACCGUGCGUCUGUGGGUGCCUGCGAUCGCUGGGAGAUGCAGCUAAGGGGUGUGCUGGGCUGCACCCUGAACCGCUUUCGGGAGAGAAAGGCGAGUCCAGAAAGGACCCAGCUGGAGCCUGGCCUGGGAGCCAGGAUGGCCACCCACAAAACCUUGCUGAUGUGCCUAGGACUGCCUCUCCUCUUCCCAGGGGCCUUGGCCCAGAACCACGCCCCGCCUGGCUGCAGCCCAGACCUGGAUCCCCUCUACUACAACCUUUGUGACCGCUCUGGGGCAUGGGGCAUCGUCUUGGAGGCAGUGGCAGGGGCGGGCGUCAUCACCACAUUUGUGCUCACCAUCAUCCUUGUGGCCAGCCUCCCGUUUGUGCAGGACACUAAGAAGCGAAGCCUCCUGGGGACCCAGGUGUUCUUCCUGCUGGGCGCCCUGGGCCUCUUCUGCCUGGUGUUCGCCUGCGUGGUGAGGCCUGACUUCUCCACCUGUGCCUCCCGGCGCUUCCUCUUUGGGGUCCUGUUUGCCAUCUGCUUCUCUUGCCUGGUAGCUCACGUCUUUGCCCUCAACUUCCUGGCCCGAAAGAACCACGGGCCCCGAGGCUGGGUGAUCUUCACCGUGGCCCUCUUACUCACCCUCGUGGAAGUCAUCAUCAACACCGAGUGGCUGAUCAUCACUCUGGUCCGGGGAGGUGGCCAGGUUGGCCCUCUGGGCAACGGCAGUACCAACUGGACCGUAACCUCGCCCUGUGCCAUCGCCAACAUGGACUUUGUCAUGGCACUCAUUUAUGUAAUGCUGCUACUGCUGGGAGCCUUCCUGGGAGCCUGGCCCACCUUGUGUGGCCGCUUUAAGCGCUGGCGGAAGCACGGGGUCUUUGUGCUGCUCACCACAGCCGUCUCCAUUGCCAUCUGGGUGGUAUGGAUUGUCAUGUACACUUAUGGCAACAAGCAGCACCACAGCCCCACCUGGGAUGACCCCACGUUGGCCAUUGCCCUCGCUGCCAAUGCUUGGACUUUUGUCCUCUUCUAUGUCAUCCCUGAGGUCUCCCAGGUGACCAAGCCCAGCCCAGAACAGAGCUACCAGGGGGACAUGUACCCUACCCGAGGUGUGGGCUAUGAGACCAUCCUGAAAGAGCAGACGGGCCAAAGCAUGUUUGUGGAGAACAAGGCAUUUUCUAUGGAUGAGCCAGCCUCAGCAAAGAGACCAGUGUCACCUUACAGUGGCUACAAUGGACAGCUGCUGACCAGCGUGUACCAGCCCACCGAGAUGGCCCUCAUGCACAAAGGCCCGUCCGAAGGCGCUUAUGACGUCAUCCUCCCACGGGCCACCGCCAACAGCCAGGUGAUGGGCAGUGCCAACUCAACCCUGCGAGCUGAAGACAUGUACAUGGUCCAGAGCCACCAGGUGGCUACCCCACCGAAAGACGACAAGAUCUCUCAGGAUCAGUCCCCGAAAAAUAAAACGAGAUGGUAGAUGCCCUCUUCCCUGGACCACACCUCAUCCGGAUACCCAGCUGAGCAGGGCCCAGCAGCUUUCCCACCUUUGUCCUUGGAGCUAGGAGGGACCAGAGGUCACCAAUCUGAAGCAGUGGACUGAGUGGGGACAUUGGGAUAGGCCUGAAGCAUGUGACUGGUGCUCAUAGGGCCACCUGUUCCCUUGCCCAUUCCAGCCUCCUGGUACCCAAGUGACUGCAGCUACAGGGAGCUAACUGUUGACUCCCAUCUCCUGCCUUAACACAUCUCCCAAGUCACAGAAUCUGUGUCCCCGUGUUCUCCAGGUGGUUAUUGCCCCGCUAUGAACCUCAGGUGUGUGAUGCUCCUGCCUCAACACUGGACCUUCUUGGCCAUGUUGGCAACCCAUCAGUGUGCCACACAGUGCACGACAGAUAAGUCUUUGUGAGUCUCUGGAGACAAGCCACACAGAAGGUAUCCCUCACCCUACUUAGGGCCUUCUGCCACCUUCUAUACUGUGGAAGGUCACCAGCUAAAGGCAGAGCCCAGGCUGGGAAGACUUUCUCGUGACCCAAGCGUCCCAGGUCCCAGCACCUUUGCACCUGGGUUGAGUCUACUUCAGUGGGUUGUGUCCCAUUGCCAGAGCAGGACCACUCUACCUGUUCUGUCCUCCCUGCUUCUCAUCACCCUUGAGGAUGAGCAUUACAACACUUGUCCUGACUGGGAAGCUCU